CCUACCUCCUGAACAACAAAUUACAUCAAUUAUGUGACAACUCGGGAUGGUUUUUGAAACUGGAGUGUUAACGCUUCACAACUGCAGCUCAGGAUGUACUGGUGUGUGGGCCCUGAGGAAUCUGCAGUUUGCCCAGAGCCCAACAUGGACCUUCAGAAUGGUUCCGUGGACAUGGGCACCAAACAGUCCACACUGGAGAAUGUCUCACUAAGUCAGUCCCCUGUGAUAGAAAACAUUCAGGCGGCAUACAAAAAUGGAGAAACCAGUAAAGCCCAAGAGCUGAUUAAAAUAGCAUGUGAAGAGAGCGUAUUACAACUGGAAAAGUGUCAACUCCUGAGCAUCACUGCAGCUUACGGGGACCUUGAAGUGGUGAAAUAUUUACUCAAAGAAAAGCUUGUGGAAUUGCCAACAGAGCCUAAUGAUGACAACCCAGCUGUGGUGGCUGCUUAUUUUGGGCAUACUGAUAUUGUGAAGGAAUUGUUAGAUUCUUUACUGGACCCCUGCAGCUCCCAGAGAUUGCUGAAUUGGAUGCUAGCCAUAGCCUGCCAGCAGGGACAUCUAGAUGUAGUCAGACUGCUUGUACUUUCCUACAGUGCUGACCCAGAGACCUGUGCUGUGAGGAAGAAUGAAUUUCCUGUCAUUUUAAGAUUACCACUUUAUGCAGCUAUCAAGGCAGAUAAUGAAGAUAUUGCCAUAUUCUUACUGCGCCAUGGGGCAUUUUUUUGCUCUUACAUCCUGAUGGACAGCCCUGAGCCAAGCAAGCGUCUCCUCAGAAAGUAUUUUGUAGAGGCAGUCAUACUGGCCAGCAGUUCUCCAACAAAAGCACCUCUCCAUGUGAAAUGGUCGAAUCUCAAGCUACCAUGGGUGGAUCUAGAUUGGCUAAUCGAUAUUUCAUGUCAAGUCACAGAGAUGGACCUUUCCUCCAACUGUCUCACAUCCCUUCCCUCUGUCAUUCCAUGGGGACUAAUUAAUCUCCGAAAACUGAAACUCUCUGACAACCAGCUGAUGGAGUUACCCAGUGUGCAGUCCUCUGAUGAAAUCAUUUGUACAAGGUUACUUGAAAUUGAUAUAUCCAACAACAAGCUGUUUCAUCUUCCUCCCGGUUUUUUGCAUCUCUCAAAACUUCAAAAACUAAUAGCUGCAAAAAAUUAUUUAGAAAAAUUAUUCGAAGAAGAUAAUGCAACUAACUGGAUUGGAUUAAGAAAGCUACAGGAACUUGAUGUUUCUGAUAACAAACUCUCUGAACUCCCUACACAAUUUCUUCACUCUUUCAAAUCACUAAAUAACCUGAAUGUUUCCAGAAAUAAUCUGAAGGUUUUUCCAGAUCCAUGGGCCUGCCCCUUGAAAUGCUGUAAAGCAUCUAAAAAUUUGCUGGAGUUUCUACCAGACAAAAUAGCCGUUUUUUGGAAAAAUCAGCUUAAAGAUGUGGAUUUUUCUGAAAAUGGCAUAAAAGAAGUUCCUUCAGGACUUUUCCAACUUGAUACAUUGCUGUCAUUGAAGUUGUCUGGGAACCAGCUGGUCACCCUUCCUCCUCAAGAUAAGUGGACUUGUCGACAACUAAAAUCCCUAGAUCUCUCCAAAAAUCAAUUUGGAAAAAACGAUGAUGGGCUUAAAACAAAGCGAGUCUCAUUCUUCACCACCAAAAGCAGACAGCGUGGAGGGGCCGACACAGGUUCUGCAUUGGAAUUUCCAGCAUUCUUGAGUGACUCUUUGGAAGUCCUGUUCCUGAAUGACAACCACCUUGAUUCUGUCCCCCAGUCAGUUUGCCUAUUGAAAGGCUUAACAGAACUCUACCUAGGAAAUAAUCCAGGUCUCCGAGAGCUUCCUCCUGAACUUGGGCAGUUAGCUAAUCUUUGGCAGCUGGACAUUGAAGAACUGAAUAUCAGCAAUGUUCCUGCAGAAAUCAGAAAAGAGGGCCCCAAAGCCAUAUUGGCCUACUUGCGAGCUCAGCUGCGGAAAGCAGAAAAAUGCAAACAGAUGAAAAUGAUUAUAGUGGGUCCUCCACGACAGGGCAAGUCAACUCUCUUGGAGGUUUUACAGACGGGGAGAGUUCCGCAGAUGUUGCACAGUGAUGCCACCAUCAGGACCACAAAGUGGGAGCUCCAGAAACCAGCUGGUCUGAAAGCAAAGGUCGAUUCAGUGGAGUUUAAUGUUUGGGAUAUCGGAGGUCCAGCCAGUAUGUCUACAGUCAAUCAGUGUUUCUUCACAGAUAAAGCCCUGUAUGUAGUGGUAUGGAACUUGGCAUUAGGGGAAGAGGCUGUUGCAAACCUACAAUUCUGGUUGUUGAAUAUUGAGGCCAAGGCUCCCAACUCUGUGGUGUUGGUAGUAGGAACGCACCUGGAUUUAAUUGAAACAAAAUUUCGUGUUGAAAGGAUUGCCACCCUCCGAGCUUAUGUGCUGGCACUUUGUCGCUCUCCGUCUGGGUCAAGAGCCACUGGUUUUCCAGAUAUCACCUUUAAACACUUACAUGAACUCUCCUGUAAAACUUUGGAAGGCCAAGAAGGACUCCGCCAGCUAAUUUUUCAAAUUACUUGUAACAUGAAGGAUAUUGGAAGCACUAUUGGCUCUCAGAAGCUUGUAGGGAGAUUGAUACCAAGGAGUUACCUGAGCCUACAAGAAGCUGUCAUAGCUGAGCAGCAGAGACGAAAUCAGGCUGAUGAUGUGCAAUACCUGACAGACAAACACAUAGAACAAAUAAUAGAGCAAACCCCAGGAAAUGACAUCAAUGACUAUGAAGACUUGCAGUCGGCUAUCAACUUCCUCAUAGAAACAGGAACACUGCUACAUUUCCCAGACACAAGCCACGGCCUAAGAAACCUCUACUUCCUCGACCCCGUCUGGUUGUCAGAAUGUCUGCAGCGAAUUUUUAACAUUAAGGGCUCCAAGUCCGUGGCUAAGAAUGGAGUGAUCAAAGCAGAGGAUCUGAGGAUGCUGUUGGUUGGCACGGGGUUCACUGAACAGACCGAAGAACAGUAUUUCCAGUUUCUGGCCAAAUUUGAAAUUGCUUUGCCAGUGGCCAAUAACAGCUACCUCCUACCACAUCUCCUCCCAGCCAAGCCAGGAUUAGACAUCCACGGUUUACGGCACCACACCACGAACAGUAUUCAGAGGGUGUUUAAAAUGAGUUUUGUACCUGUUGGAUUCUGGCAACGGUUUAUAGCUCGGAUGCUAAUUAGUUUGGCAGAGAUGGAUCUGCAGCUUUUUGAAAACAAGAAGAAUAAGAGCAGGAACCGAAAAGUGACCAUUUACAGUUUUACAGGCAACCAGAGAAAUCGCUGCAGCACGUUUAGAGUGAAAAGAAAUCAGACCGUAUAUUGGCAAGAAGGCCUAUUGGUUACGUUUGAUGGAGGCUACCUCAGUGUUGAGUCCUCUGAUGUGAACUGGAAGAAAAAAAAAAGUGGAGGAAUAAAAGUCAUCUGCCAGUCCGAAAUGAGAGAUUUUUCAGCAAUGGCUUUUAUCACAGAUCAUAUCAAUUCCCUGAUAGACCAGUGGUUUCCUGCCCUUACAGCUACUGAGAGUGAUGGAACUCUGCUCAUGGAGCAGUAUGUCCCGUGCCCCGUCUGUGAGACUUCAAGAGCCCAGCAAGCUGACUCUACUGAGAAGAUGGAAGAUGUGCAGUAUUUUGAUAUGGAGGACUGUGUCCUGACUGCUAUAGAGCAAGAUUACAUCACCUGUCCCAAACACCCCGAUGACCCAGUUCCUUUGCAAGAGUUGGUCCCAGAGCUAUUUAUGACUGAUUUUCCUGCAAGGCUGUUUUUGGAAAAUAGCAAGCUGGAAUAUAGAGAAAAUGAAAACAAUAUUCUGGGCCAAGGUGGAAGUGGCACCGUUAUAUAUCAGGCACGAUACCAAGGGAAACCAGUAGCUGUGAAGAGAUUUCAGAUAAAAAAAUUCAAGAAUGCUGCUAAGGCCACAGGAGAUACCAUGUUGAAGCACUUGCGAGCUAUGGAUGCAAUGAAGAACUUUUCAGAAUUCCGACAAGAAGCCAGCAUGCUCCAUUCCUUGCAGCAUCCUUGCAUCGUCUCCUUGAUUGGAAUCAGCAUCCACCCUCUCUGUUUUGCCUUAGAACUGGCUCCCCUAGGCAGCCUUACUACCGUGCUUUCUGGGAACUCCAAAGGUACUGCAUUUAUGCCCCUGGGGCACAUGCUCACCCAGAAAAUUGCCUAUCAGAUUGCCUCGGGCCUGGCCUAUCUGCAUAAGAAGAACAUCAUAUUCUGUGACCUGAAAUCUGACAACAUUUUGGUGUGGUCCCUGGACGUUAAAGAGCCCGUCAACAUCAAGCUGUCCGACUAUGGUAUCUCUCGGCAGUCAUUCCAUGAAGGGGCUCUUGGUGUUGAAGGCACACCUGGCUACCAAGCCCCAGAGAUCAGGCCUCGAAUUGUAUAUGACGAAAAGGUGGAUAUGUUUUCCUAUGGAAUGGUGCUUUACGAAUUGCUUUCGGGGCAGCGGCCUGUGCUGGGACACCAUCAGCUUCAGAUUGCCAAAAAGCUAUCCAAGGGGAUCCGCCCAGUGCUGGGGCAACCAGAAGAAGUGCAGUUCCAUCGGCUGCAGACACUCAUGAUGGAAUGUUGGGACACAAAACCUGAAAAGCGCCCUGUGGCCGUUUCUGUGGUGGGCCAGAUGAAGGAUCCCACUUUUUCAGUCUUCAUGUACAUGCUACAAUGUGGAAAGCAGACUUUCUUCUCUAGCCAAGGACAAGAAUACACCGUGGUGUUCUGGGAUGGGAAAGAGGAGUCCAGAAACUACACAGUGGUGAAUACAGAGAAGGGACUCAUAGAAGUACAGAGAAUGCGAUGCCUAGGAAUGAAGUUGAGCUGCCAACUAAAAGUUCAGAGUGCGUUAUGGACGGCCACAGAGAACCAGAAAAUCUACAUCUACAGCUUAAAAGGCAUGUGCCCUUUAAAUACACCACAAAAGGAGUUAGAUACCCCAGCUGUUGUGACCUGUUUUCUGGCUGUACCUGUUGUAAAAAAGCAGAACUCGUACCUGGUUUUGGCCGGCCUGGCUGAUGGACUCGUGAUGGUGUUUCCUGUCGUCCGCGGGAUUCCAGACCAGAGUUUUUCCUAUCUGUGUUCACACACUGCCAACAGGUCCAAGUUUGGCAUCUCCGACGACGACUCCCGCCAGAAUCCCUACCCCGUGAAAGCCAUGGAGAUUGCCAACAGCGGGUCCGAGGUCUGGUACAGCAACGGGCCUGGCAUCCUCAUAAUAGACUGUGCGGCCCUGGAAAUCAAGAGACGAUUAGACCCCUAUUCCCCUCCUUCUGUGAUCACAUCUAUAGCAUGCAACUCAGAGUGCAGUGGUGAAGAGGUGGUCUGGUGCCUGGAUGACAAAGUCAACACCUUGGUAAUGUACCACUCCACGACAUACCAGCUUUGCGCAUGGUACUUUUGUGGGGAUUGCAGCCCCCUCAGAGACACAUUCACAGUUCAGCAGCCAGAAUCAGUUGUUUCUUCCACUGCCGCUGUUGAUCGGAAGAUGGCUGAGGGUGUCCGGCUAGCUGACCUGACUAUUACCUACAGUGAGGAACUUGGGACACAGAUAUUAAAUCACCAGGAUUCCCUCACGGAUUAUUGUUCCAUGUCAUCUUUCUCCUCUUCCUCCCCACCACCAAACAUAAUUACCAGGUCAUUCUCCAGCCUGCCAAGUUCACCUACAAGCUCAUCCAGUGUACCUCUCUCAACCGAGUGUGAGGAAUCAGACAAGUAUCACGAGUUCAAUCCCUCCUCUGACAGAUCCGACAACGAUGCAACACCCCUGGACAGUGAUGCAUCAACCGAACAUCUCCAAGCCGUGAAAAUCCUCUCGGUGAAAGACCUCCUUUGGAUUCCCAGGCGAGGCGGGGAUGUUAUCGUCAUUGGGCUGGAGAAGGAGUCUGGUAUCCAACGGGGCAGAGUAAUAGCCGUACUAAAGGCCAGAGAAUUGACUCCACAUGGUGCACUCGUUGAAGCUGCUGUGGUAGCAAAGGACACUGUUGUAUGCUGCUUUGAAAAUGAAAACAUGGAAUGGUGCCUGGCUGUCUGGAGAGGCUGGGGGGCCAGAGAAUUUGAAGUCUUUUACCAGUCCUAUGAAGAGCUGGGCAGGCUUGAAACCUGUAUGAGGAAAAGAAGGUAGUUCUUGUGGAAUUUAAAACUAACGGGCUCUGAAGGGAUGGGCCACGAAGAGAAAACUGAUACCCUUCAGGGUUUUAGCCUGAAGAGUCACAAGGACUCCAAAAGGAACGUUUCUUUUUUCCCCUCCCAGUUUUGCUGCUAAGAACUACUGAAAAAUUAUCUGCUGUGCAGUGGGAAUUUUUUUUUAAGAAGUCAUUUGAAUUCUUCCUAUUUCUUCUCCUCACCUCCUCCUUGUCCCCCCUUCAGCUUCUAAGGUUUUACAGCAGGAGAUCAAGUUUAAUGCCUGGCAAAGACUAUUCACACACACGCACACAUUUCCUCCUCAUUCCUCCUAGCAAGUAAGGCACUUUCUGGACUCUGUACUCUAUAAGCUGACCCCUUUUCUCCUUUUAAACACCUCUGCAAACCAGAGUCACAUUUACACUUUAAGGUCUUGACUAAGCAGGUUGUACUGAGGGACAGGGAAUGGCACUGUUUAUUAAGUUGUACUUUCCCAAGUGUUUAGUACAGUUCUCUGCACACAGUAAGUGCUCGAUAAAUUCAAUUUAAUGAAUGACCCAGACACUCAGAUCCCUGCACAGCACUUCUCUGCCCCUUGGGCUGGCCAACUUCACUGAUGACCAGAGCGAUUCAGUGUUUUUCAAGGGACAGAAAGUCUUCGCCCUGAGAACACCUUCCUCUAGCACCCCUGAUGACGAACACUGAGCAGUCGGUCCCCAGCCAUGAAUGAAUGAACUCUUUUGCUGAGAAGCAACCAGUAUAUACAGUCCAGAAUGAAAACACUUCAGUAUUUUAAAGACUUUUCCAUUUGUCCAAAGAAGCGUCUUAAUUAGCAGCACUUCAAGAUGGCCUCCUCUGUGGGUUUAGUUCCUUGUACAAUAAACUUGGAAGUAAGCUUCAUUUGCACAAGCGCCAUUUAUUACUGUUAAAACUUAAACAAUGUAUCAUUUGCCAGCUGAUCAUCACAUCAUGUCAGGUAUAUACAAGGUUACGUGUUUAAGAUUUACUGCAUGCAUGUACAUUGAAAUGUAAAAAAAGUUCUUCAGUUAUAUAUAAAAUUUGGCAUUUUUAAAGUGAGGAAAUGUUGAUUAAAUUAAAUUUUAGCAUUCAGAUCCCUGAGCCCAGAACCAGGAGGUUAGCUAUGAGUGUUUUCCUUUGUUACCAAACAAUUGAUUUUUAAUUACAAAAAUAAAAACAAACUUACCCUGUUGCAAAACUUAUGUGAAAAUAAAACAAUCCAUACAGAA